CACGCUUUCUAGCCAACAACUCAACCUAUUCGUUGCUAUCGCUGCAUCGAACAGGAUCCUACACAGAGCACGAUGGCCUCAAAAUCAUUAAGUCAUGACGAGUUCUUCUCGAAACUCGGAGCGCUCUUAAGCUCUCGCCAGUCAAGCCAGCAUGGCGCCAUUUACCUGGUCCAGAAGCGAUUGUCGUACGGCCAGGACGCCGAAAUGAGCGACGCAAAGGAGGGUCAGACAGAGGAGCAACUUACGCAGUCACCAGUCAUCGUGCGGGCCACGAAUGGCAAGUCGAAACGAAACAGAGCCGAAAAAAUAAAGAUAUCGACGGUUGUAGAGCCCGGAGAUUUGGAGGGAUUCUACGUGCGAUACGGUGAAGUCUGCAAGACAGGCAUGACAGCGCUGAAGCCUCGAGACCGAAGCAAGAAGAAGGCCAAGGCCAAAAAAAAGAAGACGGCAGCAGCAUGAGCAUACUUAUAGCGUUGUCCAAAAUAUAUCCAAUUGUUCAAAAAUUUCAAAAUCUCAUUCUUCAUAUGCGAUAUAUGUCUAGGAAUACGCUUAGAGAAGUCGAAAGGUGAGUCGCUCUGAAAUAUGCGGACUCUACGGCCUUCACGUUAUAUGCGGACACAAGAGUGAAUGAAUGAAAUAUGAAAAAGAUUGCAUGAAAAUCUGAGUACAUAGCCCAAUUUCUUUUUCGUACAAAAAAUAUCAAAGCAUCCGAAAUAACAAGGCUCCAUACCAUCAAAAACUGAGUUACAUCAAGUAUAGUGGCCAUCAAACUCCACCGAAUACCACAAGCUAUUUACAUUGCUUUCGCGCUGUAAACAUAGGGUGUCGUGCGAAUUCCUCCAGACAUAGGUUUCCAUUUCAAUUCUGGCUUACAUGAUUUGGUCUUGGGUGAGGCCGGCAUGAGCGUCAGUCUCCAUACUCUCAGGACCAGGCUGCUGGGGCUGCUGCUGGUUCAUGUACUUGACAAAGCUCAAGUUGAGAGGGCGGCCACCAUACUGGUAACCUUGGAAUUUGGAAAUGGCGGUCUCAGCGUUGUCUUCGGAAUCAAAUCGGACAACACCAGAACCUCUGGAGCGACCACUGGGCUCAUACUGAAUCUCGGCUUGCUCGACCUUACCAAUCGUGGUAAAGAGCUCGAUGAGAUCUUCGUUGCUAGUGGACCAGGGCAG